AUGACAGGCUAUAAAAUAUUGUUUUUAUUAUUUGUAUUUACAAUUCAUCUUUCAUCUUCAAAAAAGAUAGCGAUUUCUUCUUCAUCUAGCAACGAUUUAAUUACAUGCACUAUUAAUACACAAUUAUCUCAGUGUGUUGUUGAAAAUGCAACUUCUUUAUCAUGUCCGAAAAUUGUUUAUUGUAUUGAAAAUUUUAAUAGUUAUUCCAAAGAAUUUUCAAAAUUUGAAAUAUUAAUUCCAAGUGGCGAUUACACCGAUACUGCCUGUCCAAGUGUAUUACCUUCGAAUGCACUUCAAAUAAGUGGAACUCUCUCAUUCACUUCAAUCAAUAGUGUCACUUUUAAUUGUUCUAAUCAAUUUAUUAGUUUACAAAUCGAAACUCCAAUUGAUUUGAUAUUCAAUGGUAUCACAUUUAUUUCAUGUCAAACUCUUGGAAAUGGAGGUUGUAUUGAGAUAGUAACAGAGAGAUAUGACACCAGUGUAAUUCUGAACGAUGUUCACUCCAAAGUGUGUAGCGCCAAUGAAACCGGAGGAUUUCUCUAUUCAGAAGCAAACUACAAUGAGAUAAGAAACUCUGUAUUGAAUGGCGGAUUUUCUACGGGAAGUGGUGGCUCCAUCUAUGCACUCAAUGGAGUUGUCAAUAUUAGUAACUCUGACUUUAACUUCAACGAGGCCGGAGUCAAUGGAGGUGUAGUAGAUGCCAAUAAGAUCUAUGUUUACAACUCAUUGUUCUCCAAUAACUAUGCCUACCAAGAUGGUGGAGCACUCCGUUCUAACCAGUUCCUAUAUGUCCAACAUUCGAUAUUUGCAAAUAAUGAUGCAGCUGACAACGGUGGUGCUAUAGCAGUUAUUGAGAAAAGCUACAUCAGUAACACUAUAUUUAGCGGCAACAACGCGCAGAUAGGUGGAGCAAUCUUUAGUUUAAAUCAAAUAAUCACUGAGAAUUCACAGUUCCUAAACAACUCUGCAUUGAAUGGCGGUGCAAUCUACAAGUACUCUUUGGACCGACCUAAUAGCAGUGGUUUAAUUGUCGUUGACUCUAGUUUCACUGGCAAUCUGGCAGAGUUUGGAGGUGGUCUUGGAUUUGGUGGUGCAAUCAAUGCUGGACUCGGUAGCAUAUAUAUAAGGAGCACUGAAUUCAAUAGUAACUCUGGUUACAAUGGAGGUGCCAUCUAUGUCGCCAAUGGAAACAUUCCACAAGAGAUAAUCAUAACAAACUCUAAUUUCUACAACAACUUUGCCCAUGGUGAUGGUGGUGCAAUCAGUGUUGUCCAAAAGUAUAAUCAAUCGGUAUUUAUCAACUUGAAUCAAUCAUCAUUUUGGUAUAACAGUGCCAAGAAUAUUGCCGGAGGAUUAUUCUUUCAAACACCUCCAGAUUCAUUAAAAGGUGGACUUUUCAUUGAUUCAAAGAGUAGUAUGGAACAAUCAUAUACAUUCAAUUACGAAGCAAUCUACAGUUAUAAUAUUGUGAAUGUCACCAACCCAAUUCCAUCCUACUACUACACAAUUUUCCAAGAGAAUACAACCGAUGUUGCAAAAGUACUCGGUGUCACUGGUGAAUGUUACAAUGGUAUUGCUACAAUAAAUGAAAGAGGCCAGGUUCUAUCAUGCAAAUGCAAUAUGGGUGGAUCUGGACCGACUUGCAACUAA